CUCGUCCUGGUCCAGAGAAGAAGUCCCCCAUCUUGCAGUGGUCGGCCGUUUCGUGAUCUAAAAUACAUAAUCCUUGCAAUGGACGGAGAUGUUGCAGUCGGCGUGAAGAGAGGCUCAGAUGAGCUCAACAUGUACAGCAGCAGCAGCAGCCCCACCUCGAUGACAGCCAACGGCAGCGACAGUAAGAAGCAACGUCUGGAGGAGUCGCCGCCCUCCCGCGUGCUCCACAUCAGGAAGCUGCCCAGCGAGGUGUCGGAGACCGAGGUCAUCGCGCUGGGCCUGCCCUUCGGCAAGGUCACCAACAUCCUCAUGCUCAAGGGGAAGAACCAGGCCUUUCUGGAGCUGGGCACGGAGGAGGCGGCCAUCACCAUGGUCAACUACUACGCCGCCGUCACGCCCCAGGUCAGAAACACCCCGGUCUUCAUCCAGUACUCGAACCACAAGGAACUGAAGACGGACUCUGCGCUGAACCAGCGGGCCCAGGCGGUGCUGCAGGCGGUGUCGGCGGUGCAGGACGGCAGCUCCCCUUCCUCUGACCCCGGGGUGCUGGACCUGGCCCCGCCCCCCAGCCCCGUGCUGCGCAUCAUCAUCGACAACAUGUUCUACCCCGUCACCCUGGACGUGCUGCAGCAGAUCUUCAGUAAGUUUGGGACGGUGAUGAAGAUCAUCACCUUCACCAAGAACAACCAGUUCCAAGCUCUGCUGCAGUUCAGUGACCCCGUCAACGCCCAGCAGGCCAAGCUAUCUCUGGACGGUCAGAACAUCUACAACUCCUGCUGCACCCUGAGGAUCGACUUCAGCAAGCUGGUCAGCCUCAACGUCAAGUACAACAACGACAAGAGCCGUGACUACACCCGGCCUGACCUGCCCUCUGGGGACGGGGACGGCGGCCACAAGGACCACUCCUCCCUCCUGGGGACGCCAUCCGGAGCGCUCGCGUCCUACUCCAGUGGAGGAGGCUACUCGUCUUCUCUCUCCAUGUCGCAGGGCGGAGGAGCCAUUAGCCCCCUCAGCGCCGCCGCCGCCGCCGCCGCAGCAGCUGGGCGUGUUGCCCUGUCCGGGUCAGGGGUGUCCGGAGUCUUGCUGGCUUCCAACCUCAACGACGAGAUGGUCACGCCCCAAAGUCUCUUUACCCUCUUCGGUGUCUAUGGUGACGUGCAGCGCGUGAAGAUCCUGUUCAACAAGAAGGACAGCGCUCUGAUCCAGCUGUCCGACGGGAACCAGGCCCAGCUGGCUAUGAGCCACCUGAAUGGUCAGAAGGUGUUCUCCAAGGUGAUGCGCGUCACGCUGUCCAAGCACCAGACGGUGGCGCUGCCGCGGGAGGGCCUGGACGACCAGCUGCUCACCAAAGAUUUCUCCGGAUCUCCUCUCCACCGAUUCAAGAAGCCAGGAUCCAAGAACUUCCAGAACAUCUUCCCUCCCUCCUCCACCCUGCACCUCUCCAACAUACCGGAGGGCGUGUCCGAGGAGGAUCUCCGUCUCCUGUUCUCCAAUGCUGGAGGAACUGUAAAGGCCUUCAAGUUCUUCCAGGACCACAAGAUGGCGCUGCUCCAGAUGUCUGCGGUGGAAGAGGCCAUCCAGGGGCUCAUGGACCUCCACAACUACGACAUGGGGGCCAACCACCACCUCAAGGUGUCCUUCUCCAAGUCCACCAUCUGACCUGGUCCCUAGACCACCAGAGAAGACCCUGAACCACCAGAGAAGACCCCAGAGCAGACCCCAGACCCCAGAGCAGACCCUAGACCCCAGA